AUGGCGUCUUACGCAGCAAAACUGGUGGCCAGGAGGCUCUUCAAGGAAAAUUCGUCCAACAAAGAGGGCCGCGAGGAUCCCUACUUCGAGACGAUACCCGCUACCAGGCUCGGAGGACUCUACAAAACCACAAAGAAGAGAAAAAGGGCGCUCCCGCCGGGGUUGACUUCAGAGGAGGAGAGAAUCCUCACCAAAGCAAAAAGAAGAGCCUACCGCGUCGACCUCUGUCUUGGAAGCUUUUUGGGCACAAGAUUCGGCUGGGGAGCGGUCAUCGGCUUGAUCCCGGGCAUCGGCGAUGUCCUUGAUCUCUUCCUCGCUCUCAUGGUCUACCGCACCUGCUGCUCUGUCGACCCGGAGUUGCCCUCGGGCAUUAAAAUGCGAAUGCAAAUGAACGUUGUCAUUGACUUCGCAGUUGGGCUGAUUCCAUUUAUCGGUGACUUUGUAGAUGCGGCAUACAAAUGCAACACCCGAAAUGUGGUUCUGCUCGAAAAGGAGUUGCGUGCGCGUGGCCAAAAGAGGAUUAAGGGUACUCCGCAGGCAAAUGUCGCAGAUCCGAGCCUUCCAGAUGAGUUUGACUACCAGAACGAGGAAGUUCGAUUGAACGUCCAGAACGGUCCUCCCCCAAGAUAUACUUCGCGACGAGAGUCCAGGAGGUCAAAUCGAGAGAGGCAACACGAUGUCGAAGCAGCAGAGGACAUACCUCCUCCGAUGCCUGCUCGCACCCGUUGA